UUCCCUCCAGUCGUCGCCACCGCCACCCUGUCAGACAGUUCCCGCCCGGCGUCAUGGCCAGGCCGCCGGGGCAUCAGCUGGCAUUUUGUCUAUCGAUAUUUGUGUUGGUGAUGAUUUUGAACUCUUGCGAGUCCCUUCAACCGAGAGCCCCCAACUUCCAAUACUUUGAAAGGCCGAAGUACAGGUACCCCUAUUACGAUGAGAACGGCAAGGGGAAGCUACUGUACGGCUACGGUGGUUCAGAUCUCUAUCAGUACAAGUCCUACUCUCCUCUCGAGGGGAUACACUAACUUCCCUUAGCACAUAGAGUAUAAACUUCACUAUCAUUAGAGCAUAGAGUAAGGUGAGCCAGGUGGAAACAUGUUACCAAGUUGAACAAUCAGUUGUAUCACUAAUCCAGUCUGGAAUGCACUACUUUUUUUAUGCUGUAGUUUUUCACUAUAAUUCCUAUGCAUAUUUGUCCCACUGUAAUAUAAUACUCUUACUGACUAACCCUUGACAAAUAAUAGUUCAAUACUUGACACCAACCAUAUAUAGAAUGUAGUCUGUACGGAAUCUGUAUGUUUAAUUUAGAUUUAAUCAUAAUUUUCAAGCAGUACAAAUAUUUCCAUUUUAGUUAAACACUGUUUAGUAGUAUAUUCUAUACUUUAAAUGUGUAUGG